AUUCCUGUUCGCUAUGGAAUCGCGGUGGAAUCUAAAAAUGGAUUUAUCACUUCCGUGUGUUCAUGUGCGAUUUUUUUAGUAAAAAGUAGCUUAUGUCCGAUCUGGCAACACAACGUCGCAUCGCUCUGUAUUUCCUUCGCCAUGGCAACAAGACCUGCUGUGAGUUUUUCAAUGGCUUCAGAUUUACUGACUCCUUCAGCAACUUUCUUGGCGUUAUUUAAUCGUAUCGAGGGCAACCUGUACCAAGGACUUCAUAACUAUAGAAUUCCACCUACUUUCAUCAUCCUCCAUGACAACGGCAUACCAAAGAGUGGUGAUAAAAACCCGAGAAAAGAAGGGGUUUUCAUCUCAAGCCAAGAGAUUCCCUUCACAAGUCUGUUUGAAUGACAAUCCGGGACCAGGCAGCUAUGGCUGUAUUUCCAGUGCUGAAGUUGAAAGCCCUUCCUUCUCAAAGAAAGGCACCACAGGCUUUGUUGCAUCCAAGGCUCCCAGGGGUUACAGUAACCCACAGAGAUCCAUCCCAGGACCAAAUGUAUACAAUAUACGGAGCUCCUUUAUAAACAAGUAUGACUUCAACAGUGGAGUGUCCAGGGUGUUCAGGCUGCCUGUGGCUGUGCCGCUGGAUGGUCCCAAGCAUAAAACUCCAGCGCCAAAUCAAUAUAAUGUCAGUUGUGGCAGUAGAGAGAGAAUCUCCUCCGUGGCUGGUACCGCAGCUUUCCUCUCAAAAACUGGACGCGACUCUUUCUGUCCAAACAAAAACGUGCCAUCACCGUGCCACUAUGAGGUGAACAACCACCUAAUCCAGCACAACUCCAAGGCGGUUUUGUCCCCUUUCAAAUCAAAAACAAAGAGAAUCCCUGCUCUAGUGGACGACCAUGGGCCGGGCCCAGGAGCCUACAGUCCCCAUCAGGCCCCUAGACCAGUGAAGAAAACCAUCCUACCGAGGGGUUGCUACCUGGCAAUAUCAGAGCCUCCUCUGAUUGUUCCUAAGGAUCCACCCUUGCCGGGCCCGGGGCAGUACGACAUAGGGAAUUGUAAUGGCACAUCCAAGCAUCCCAUGCCCACUGCUGCAUUUGCAUCCAGAACUGAAAGAUUACCCCGAAACUCACAGUCCGAUAUGAGGCCCGGUCCAGGUUUCUAUGAUCCACAGGUUUUGUCAAAGCAGUCCUUCUUUUACAAUGAUUCCAGAGUCUGGAUCCCCGUAUGAAGCCUUCAGGGAAAACUGCACGGCAAAAGCUAUGAAUUCUUCACACACACAAACUGAUUAUCCUGAUCAAAAUGUUUUUAACUUGAGAUAUUUUUAGUGUUUAAAUGUACAUGGGUAGGAUAUUUUCCAAAGUGCCUAAGUAUAGGCCAGUGAGGGGAAGAUCGUAGUCACUAUUUAUCUUAAAUGGUGAUGUAAGGGGAAAUGUCAGAACACUUGGAAAAGCCACGUCUUUUAUCCUCACCCCAGUUUCCGAUGCUCUACUCUGGGGUUGAUAUAGCAGUAUGUGUUGCUGCAGUCCGCCAGCAGCUGCCGGCCCAGUCACUGGUGCGCCACGGUAACAGCUGACAGCUUGAGAUGACAACACUGUGCCAACUGCCGCAGGGCAGGCAGAGGGGUGGAGUGUGUCUCUCUAUGUGAACAAUGUGACUGACCGGGUAUGAGGCAGCGCUGGUGUUUAACCCCAAAGACAAAUGGACACAACGGCCACUCCCUUUGUCAGAUCUCAUACUGUUGGAUCAGAGGCUGUAGCACUUUUAUAGUCAUCAAGGCAACAUCAUGCCUGUUCGCUCUCUGGCAAAGGGUAAGAUGAGAAUAUUGAUAGAGUAACAUAAUAGGUAUUUUCAUAAUAAGAACGCAUCACAUUACAACUUAGAAAACAAUCUGACUCUGUGAAUGGGGUCUCUCGUAGUGAUGAGACCCGAAUCUGAUUUAGUAUGUAUAUAGGCACUCAAAGAUCAAUUCUGGGCAGACUCCAUGGCUCCAAAUGACAUCACCAGUGUAAGAUGGCAACAUCCGUAUCCGGAAUAUUUUGACCCUUAGUUCUUGUACAACAUCCAUCUUUAUAUACAGUCUUUGGUAGAGACCAAAAACAGAGCAAAAUGAGAGGAAAUAUUCUACUUACAUCCACAAGGUGGCCAGAAACACAACAAACUCCGACUCCAAAUGAAUGAUAAUGUAAGUACACAAGAAUUUGCAAAUAAUUUCACCACCAUCUCGAGGUACUGGUAAGCAGAUUUUUGACCUUUGGACAAAGGCAGGCUAGUUGCUUCCACCCCCAUGUGUUAAACUAUGCAAACAGCCUGCUAGCUGUAGUUUCAUAUUUUCCAUACAGAUAUGACAAAUAUAUCCGACUCUGCCUGAAAGCGAAUAGGCAAAUUUCCGACUCUGCCUGAUAUUUCCGACUCUGCCUGAAAGCGAAUAGGCAAAUUUCCCAGCACGUUGAAAUUCUGCCAGAUGAGAAAUUUAAGCCGAUACAAAACACUGACACGGCGUUUGCAGCUGCUAUCAUGGAAAUUCGUUUCAGACAAACAUGUCAGCUCACUGGAAGUAACUAAGCGAAAACAACACCACGCUGCCAAAGAGGUGUAACUUAUGCCUCAUGCUUAUCUCCAACUGCGAAGACCGAGGAUGCGAUCAUCAGUGUCAUCUGCUCACAAGAAAAUCAGGUGGAGAUUUUUUUUUUCCUCUGCUCUGCUCUGCUCUCGAUUACCGCAACAACUGCAGACAUGCCUGACUCCUACACUGUAGCAGCUGUAGUUAUAUUCAGACUCUGACUUCAGCCGUGUUCUCUCCAAAUAUGUGUGUGCGCGCCCUGUAAAACCAAAACCUUUGUGUACUGUUUUUUUUUUUUUACAAUGAAAGAGCGUUUUUUCUAACUCAGACAGAAAUGUGCUCUCCCCCCUGGUCAAACGUACAGGGAGGAUCCAGACGAACGUUUUAACUGCAACUGCAGGCUUUUUGGGUUAGAGAAGGUUUUUUUUUUUUUGUAGUGCUUUUGUGGUAGUGUGUAGGAGGGGCAAUUAACUGCGUGCCUCUGUGGGUUUAUGGGAGGCUCUCUGCAGCUCCCCAAUUCUCAGUAAGGUGCAGGCGAGUAUGGGCAUGCACGCUCUCGAAGGAAGUCUCAUUGAAGGCUCUUUGUUCAGGGCUACAGCAUUGCUCAUCAUCCCUAUUCAUGCGUUUGAGUGCUCUAGCCAGGUAUACCGGGUUCAAUUUGGUUCUAAAUUACACCGUUAUCGGCCUGAGAGGUUCCGAUGAAACUCGUUUGGCUUGCUGAAGCGAUGCCCGCCCACAUUAGAGUCAAGUGCUAAUCACGUCGACGUGAGCUUAUGCCUGAUGCUUGGCAAUAACAUCAGUGGCUUCACAGGCUGAAUUUGUUCUGCUGCAAUGUCGAGAGUCGCUUAAAGACACAUGGUGUUCUUAUUGGAAUCCUUGACGAUCAGAACAUGAACGUAUAAUGAAAAAAUAAAAGAACGUUUGGGUAGUUUAGUCUGUGCAGCUCAAUCCGUUUGGAAUCUAGUUGAACUUUAGCUGUUGUCAGUUUAUCAUUUCACUGGCAUCUGUGCCUGAAAACCAUCAGCAGUGAAACAAAGAGUCCGUUCACUGAUCAAGAUGCUCAUCGUUGAUUUCAAUUUCGAGGUUAUAGCCUUGAAAAUACACCCCACCCCCCCAUCUCAGUUUUUUUUUAAUAACACAUGAUCUGGAGUUGCAACAUUUACAAGAAAAACAAACACAGAUUUACAGUGCGUGCUUAUUAAACUGCCCCAUAUCAGAUUUGUCUAUUCUGGUAGGUUGCGAUGCAGAUGAACACGAUAUGUACGGUUUAUUGAACGCUCCUGGCCUUUCCCCUAUCUACCACUGUACUGCAUUUCCUGCCCCUUGCAUUUCCAAAUCCCAUUACUGCGUGAGCGAAUCAUUUUUAACAGAGACUCUGGUUUCGUUUAGAUCAAUCCAUUAGCCCUGAUGGAGCUGCUGCUCUCUCCUUUUCGUGCGUUGCGAGGCGACCAGCGGACCGGUUGGCAGUGUUUCCGCAGCGUCUAUCUUUAGCCUCUUCGUCUGCUUUGUCAUACGUCUGCUCAAGUUUUAUAAAGAUUCAUUUAUGAGAGAGAGCUGGGCUUUGCUUGUCCUGAAAGUGAAGAUGUAAAAAUCUGAAUCUUGGUGGAGUCCUGAGGUCUAUGAUUCCCCUCUGUGUCUUCACCAGGCUAAGUGGGCCAUGCAUAUUUUAUCUCUCUGCUCACACUUUGCAUAUACACUUGGCCCUUUAGCAUUGACAUCAUGCUAUAUUAUCUACUCUGCUAAAAAAAGGAGAAGCAGCCUAAAAUGAGAAUUAAAUGAAUGAUCAUUAAUUUUUUAACAAGUCCUGCAAAUUCAAGAAAUAAAAUGAUAAUGACCUCAUCUAUAAUUCAUUUGAAUUUUUAAUCUAAAUGACCAAGAAGCAAAGAAAAAAAAAUCAUGAUGGGUGUGCUUCUGGUCAGACUAUUUAUAAGGCCUCUUUUAAAAAAUGAAUGACACUCCUGCACAGCACAGCUGAAGCCACUUUCCCCCCUAUGUCUUCUAGUACGAGGGAAGAUUUCAUAUUCAACAUUAGUUCAAUGUAAUUGCAAAAAAGUGUUUUGACUAUAUCCAAAUCAUCCAUUCAUUGUCAAGUGUUCUCAAGUUGUCAAGUAAUAUUAUCGUGAUCUUAUUACCACAAUCAAACUGUUUAAUACAGUCACGUGCCAUAUGCAUUUCUGGGUAAGGGAUUAUUUCACUUUUUGUUUUCUUGUCAUCCUCCUGCUUCACUUGUUAUCAGUAGACCCCCUAGACCACUUCUGUCUCCUGCAGUGACAAGAAGUUUCGUUGUAUCAAUUGUUAAUCAGCUUGUCAUCACCUAUUCUCUGAGCAGCACACAGGCAGAUACUGUCCCCUCACUUUUUAUACAUGACAAAUGUGGCUAAAGAAUAUAGUGUGCAACAUUUUCUACAGUGUAACCAUAGAAUAAUUCUUUCCAUUCAUUGGUUGACUGUUUGUGGGUUUUUUUUCCUCUUAUUUGAAUUCCAGUGAUAUUCCUGAGAGAUUUUCCUGUGAUAAUCAAAGCCUAUUUAUAAAAUUACAUUGUAUUUUUCCAACAAAUGUCAUCUUCGUGAGAGGCAUUAAAAAUUACUUUUUAAUGAUCA